CACUACGGAUGACACUUGACAGGUUUUUUUCGAGAUUGAAAAUUAUCUGGGCUCUCAAAUAAAUAUCACAAUAAUUUUUGGAUUUAAAUUAGUAGUGACCAUUUUAUAGGUUAUUAGUAUUCUGUGUCAUUUUAAGUUAUUGUGUUAAGAAUUUUUUUAUUCCAAUUUACCUGUCUUGUGUAUGUACGUAAUAGCAGCUAACUAAACAAUUGUCCAGUCAUAGAGAGCAAGUAGAAGUUUGAAGAAAAUAUAUAAAUAUAGCAGUUAUUUGUCUAAAGUCGCAAUACCUAAGUGCUAGAAGAUGAGUAGUUUAAGGUCCCAAGUUUUAAAGACGUUCAAAAGAUUACAUAGAACUCGGAUGAAGGUAUUUGCUGGGGAUGAGAGAGCACUUACAGCCGGUAGGUUAAGGAUAAAUGAAGAAUUUCAAAAAAACAAACAUGUGUCUAAUGAAGAUGCAAUAAAGACAAUGAUCAAAUUGGGUGAGGAUGUGGUCACUGAACUUAGAACACAGGUCAUUCAAGCUAAAGAAGUUCAGCCCGGAGUUUUUGAGGCAAAAAUAACUGAGGAUACAGUGAAAUUUGAUAACAUACCUUAUGAUGACAAUGCUGUACUAGAUGAUGGUACAGUUGCAAACAGACCCUGUUGUCAAGAUCAAGCCCUGAAGAAAUAGAUUUUGUAGGGAAAUGGAAUCAUAAUAAAGAGCAAAUAUUCAUUAAAUUAAUCAUAGUUGUAAAUGAGUAGUUUCUAGUCUUGUUGAGCUAUAGUUUUAGAAAUAAGUUUUUUGAAUGUUAAAAAGCUAUUAAUGAGACUAAAUAAAGUUUAUAUAAAUUAUAA